AAAACGGACGUGACAUACGAGCUUGUGGAAGAACUGCAAAUGAAAACGAAAGAGUUCCUACAACCUAACCCUACAGCUCGAGCCAAAAUGGCCGCUGUUAAAGGUAUUAGUAAGCUUAGUGGCCAAGCAAAAUCCAAUACGUAUCCUCAACCAGAGGGUGUACUAGGAGACUGUAUGCUCAUGUAUGGUAGAAAAUUAGGAGAUGAUAGCCCCUUCGGACUGGCUUUAGUAGAAAUGGGGGAAGCGCUCAAACAAAUGGCUGAUGUGAAAUAUUCGCUCGAUGAUAAUAUUAAACAAAACUUUUUAGAGCCUUUACAUCACCUGCAGACUAAAGACUUGAAAGAAGUAAUGCACCAUCGGAAAAAAUUACAAGGAAGGAGGCUCGAUUUCGAUUGCAAAAGGAGAAGACAAGCGAAAGCAUCACCAUUGCCGUCCCCUAUGAAAUCUCCUGCCAGGACUCCAAUGACACGGCAGCCAUGUUGUACGGCACUGUAUGAUUUCGAACCAGAAAAUUCUGGUGAACUUGGAUUUAAGGUAUUGAUAGAGCAAUAA